UCCCCCCCCCUCCCCUUUCUUUUUCCUGCUCCUAAACGCCUCCUUCAAGAUUGCAGCUGGGCAGGACUCCAAAGGUGCAGCAGCAGCAGCAACAAGCCGGAGUUCAAAGUUAGCAGUAAAUUGCACAACUUCCAGCUCAUCGCUACGCUCAGUGACUAUUAACAAGCUGGAAGGAGCUCAGGGAAAAAAAUAGGGGAGAAGGGAACACCCUCGAAUUGUUUGGGGAUCGCUGAUGUUAUGCUUCUGCCGCUGGAAUCAUGGCUCCCUUUGGAAGGAAUUUAUUAAAAACCCGGCAUAAAAACAGCUGCUGAGUAGCAAAAGGAAGAAGAUAUAUUUAUAGAGAGCAUAGUACCAUACAUAAAAGAGAAGAUGUAAAGUGGACACAUACUGAACAAAAAUCUCCCAGCAAGGAGAUGGCUUCAAAUGAAAGAGAGAUUGUGGUGUGGGUUUGCCAGGAAGAGAAGAUUGUAUGUGGCCUGACAAAACGCACAACUUGUGCAGAAGUGAUUCAAGCACUACUUGAGGAACAUCAAGCAACAUUUGGAGAGAAAAAGGUCCUCUUUGGAAAACCCAGUGAUUACUGUAUUGUAGAAAAAUGGAGAGGCUCUGAGCGAGUCCUUCCUCCGUUGACAAAGAUUCUGAGACUUUGGAAGGCCUGGGGGGAAGAGCAGCCCAAUUUGCACUUUGUGUUAGUAAAGUCUGAUGCUUUCCUCUCAUUUCCAUUGUGGAAAACAGCUGAAGCUAAGGUAGUACAAAAUGUUGAAAAGCAGUGGGAACUCAGCCCAGCCAAUUACAUGAAGAUGUUGCCAAUAGACAAGCAAAAGAAAAUCGUCAGGAAGACUUUCCGGAAACUGGCCAAACUUAAACAGGACAGUGUUCAGCAAGACAGAGAUAAUAUGGAGACGCUGAUUCAUCUGAUUAUAUCUCAAGAUCAUACCAUUCAUCAGCAAGUCCUUAGAAUGAAGGAACUAGAUAUGGAAAUCGAAAAAUGUGAAGCACAGUUCCAUUUAGACCGUGUAGCCAAUGAUGGAGAAAAUUAUGUGCAGAACUCAUAUUUAACAAUCAAUCCAAGUGAGGCUGAGCAGCAAGGGAGUAGGCCAGAUGAUCAAAAAGAGAUGCACGAAUAUUUCAGCAAAAGUGAGGGAAUUUUACAGGUUGAAGAGAGACUGAAACAUCACAAACAAUUAAUAGAGAAGCUGUGUGCUGAAAUUGAGAAAGAAGUAUAUGGUAUAUGUUCAGAAAAAAAAGGAGAUGAUAUUCACACAGAAGGAGCUUCUCAUGCUCAACUGGAAAACUCAAAUUUGGAAAGUGUAAAGUAUGAGCUGGAAAAAAGUAUGAAAGAUGGUCUGAGAAUCAAUUCAUACCUGAGCUGCAUUCAGAAAGAGCUUACCUACAGGGACUCAUUGCUUCAAAAGAAGGAAAAAGAGUAUGAACUUCUUACAGAAGAAUUUAAUUUACUACAUAUUAAAGACAACAUCGAAACUAGGCUUCCAUUGAAUGAAGAACCACCCAAGGGCAGUGGCAAUUCCAGUACCAGCAUUGCAGUUCCUGACUUUGUUCACAGAGUGACUAAUCUGGACAUAAAUGAUACAGACUCUGACACUGGAAUCAGCUCUACACACAGUCAGGACUCUGAAAUUACUUCUGGGGACAUGGUACUGUUAUCAACAUAGUUGAAAACAGUCAUGCAUUUUUGAAAAGUCACAUUUUGAGGGAUACGUAGAAGAAUAGGUAAACUUUAUUGUCUUGAGAGUCCACCCCCUUAAGAUGUUGCAACUGUGGCACUACUCUAGCAAAGUAAACAGUGUCUAUGUGCUUAAAAGUAUACUUGUGAUUAAAUGCACAGGCAGUCUCAUGGGUUCACUGCUAAUAGGUGCAAAGUUGUUGGCUUUGCUAAAUUGGGACGUACUGUUUAGACCUUGUAAUAUUCAGUGAAACAGCAGCAUUCUGACUAGCUUGAACCAAAAGCCUGGAGCUUUGAUAUCCCACAACCUUUUAUUUCACAUCUACAUCUCUCUAACUUUUAAGGAAUGUGAAUUAUAUAUUAGACCCAACUAAAUGGAGAGAUUGAUUUUCUGCUCUGUUACAUAAGCUUUAUUCAGCUGGAGUUUCCCUGGAAUAUAAUAUAAUCAAGCAUGUAGUCUGUUAAAAAUUAGUUUUUAUGAUGCUGCAAGACAAAAAAAUGCAAUUGCAUUUAUGCUAUAUAUUUAAACGUAGUGCUGAGUUAACAGGAUGGUAGGUUCAAAACCACCUAUGUCCCAAUUUAAAAAUGACUUUACACACAUAGGUAGUUAAUUUCCAUUGUCUUUCAGCAGGGUCUAACUGCUACUAAGAUCUUUAAAACUCUUGCUCCUCUGCUGUUACCCUGCAGUUGCCAUGGUGACGGUAUAUGGACACACAGUUUUGCCAGCGGGCAUGUCAGAACUGCCUACCUCCUGUUUCUGUGAGCUGAUCAAAUCCCAAGCUCACACCUAGCCCCAGGGGCAUUUUCAGGAAGGCUUUCUCCUGCUUAUCUCACCAGUAGGAACCAAAGUCUUUGGCCUCCUCAGAUCAUGACUACCAUAUCAUACAUAAAACAAGAGACAGGCAGGGGCCAGACAUUUUUGGCUGUGGCUACUGGUUCCCAAGUGCCAGGUAGUUAUUCUUCUCAAAUAGCAGAUAGGUUGUCCAAUCCUGUCCAGUACUGAUUUGGAGCAGCAAUAUGGCCCUUUCGUUAUCUCCUUGGUGAGAACUUUAGAAUACAACUAAAACUGAUCCAAUUUAAACAUUGGGCCAUGAGUGAGGGAGAGGAGAGUGUCAAAUUAUUUCACUUGGGAAGUAGUCAUUAAGAUCACUUGUAAAUUCAGAAUUGAAGUAUAUGUCUUCUCAGUUACCGAACAAGAUUUCUAACUCUGAGCUAGAACUUUGCUAACAGAGAGAACAUGAAUAAUUUCUGGAUUGCACACCGAGGGUUGCCAUGUUUCUAUUUUGCAGAUCAAUCUGUUUAAGGCUUUUGAAAACAUAAUGUAAAUCUGAUUAAAUGAAUUGAAUGGAGAAAGAGUUACAACAUUUCUAAAGUUUAGCUCCAACAAAGUUCCAACAGAUCCUGGAAUUAAAAGCCUUCAAAGUAAAUGAAAGGACAAUACCUGGAUGGAAUAAAUAUACUUUCAGGAGCACUGCUUUCCUUUCCUAUAUUUUUCUUCUCUUAAAUGUCUGUCAACCAUCUGUAUUCUAAAAUGACAGAAGUGCUAGGACUGCUGGUUAACAUAUAUUUAAUACAGAAAAAAAAAAAAAAAAAAAAAAGUCUAAAAAAUCAGUUUUCAUGUUGCUUUUUUUUUUAAAAAAAAAAAAAAAAAAAAAAAAAAAGAUUUUUGGAUCCUGGAUAUUAUAGAGUUUUUAUUCCAGGAAUAUGUGUUAGUUACCUUAAUAUAUUUUGUGUUGUGUUUUUAUCAUACAAUGUUAUUUGAAUACUUCAGUAAUAAUGUCAUAUGUAGACUCAUCAGCUCCUGAUGGAAAUAUAUCAAAUAUCUCUGUAAUAAUUUAUUAAUGCAAGUCAGCAUCUUUUGAAAUCAGUGGUAUCGCUCUGACAAGUGCAGAACUCUGAAUGUUGAGAGGAGGCUAAUGGAUUCUCUGAGUUCUUGUGAAUGUAGGUAAUAGUUAUUUCUACUGAGUCCUUUUUUUUUUUUUUUUUUUUUUUUUAAUACUUAGGGGAUAAAAAUUCAAGCAGAAUAAUAUUCAUACCUAUGCAGGCCAGUACAAGACCUGUGUGGGAAAUAAUUUCCACUCACACUCUACCAGAGUUAGUUUACGUAUAGGAACUUGUACUGGUUUUUGGCCAUGAUCUUUAUCCACAAUAUGUGCUUUGACUGUACAUCCCCUGCAACAUGUAGAUCUUUAGAGUAUUAUUGUGUUUUAAAAGAAAAUAGGAAAAAUAGGUUGAGAGAGUAUUUCUUAAUAAAAUAAUAUAACACAAUUCACAAUGUUUUGAAGCUUAUAAUUUGAUAUUUCAUAAAAAAAAUUCUUUCUGAAUUUAAAUGAAUGUACAAGAUAAUUAAAUACUGUAUGAACUCUUUGCUAUUUAUCUGCUUAUACACUUUUCAUGCACUCAUUUAACGUAUUUUCAGGUUGCUAAAAGUAGAAUUUAUCAUCCCUUAUGCUCCUUACUCAAUCGUUUUUACUUUGCCUUAACUGUCUACAUUUUUUUUAAUUAUUUCCAGAAGGAAAUGCAAACCCAAAUAUUUUGUCUCAUUUUCUGACAUUCUUUUAAGUCAAUUCUCUUAACAUCUUAACAUUUGAGGUUUAUUUUAUAAAAAAUUCCACAGAGUAUGUUAUACUUAUGGACAAAGUUCAAAAAAAGUCUUACAUAAGAGGAGAGAAAAGUUCUACCCAGGGAGAGAAAACAGGAAAUGUCAAAGAGUAAUGAAAGGAAAUUCAGUACUUUACACUCAUCUGUACAAUGGGGUUUUGAAAGAAUAAUAAAUUUUAGAAAGAAAAAAAAAAAAAAAAAAAAAAAAAAAAAAAAAACAGAGUGAAAGGAAUAACAAAGUGAGUAGGGUCAGAGUCAGCCUGAUUGUUUUGGGAUGUUCCUGAUAUGAAUCUAGGCAGAGAUCUUCAGUGACUGUCACCUAGGCUAAUAAUACUGAAAUGAAACAGUACUGACACUUGGCUAAUACAAAGUGUACUGGCUCCUACAUACUUAAAUAGUAACACAUAACAUAAUAUUAUAUUUGUAACCAAUAUAACUAUGAAAAUUUCCAUGGAACAAAGUCCCCAGUCUCAUGUUUCUUCACAACUUACUAUAUACUUUUACAAAUUUGAUGAAAGCAAAUGAGUCAAUUUAAUUACCUACUUAAGUUCCUUAAUGAUGACUCUUUCAUUUACAAGGCAAAUAUAAAAUACAAUUAUCAUUUUAUUAUACAUAAAUUUACAGUAUUUAAUAUCCACUUAUAUGCUUAAAAAUUACUGUGUUAUUACAUAUAUAUAUUUUUUAUUUUUUUUUCUCCCCUGGAAAACUGAGCAAUGCCCAAAAACUUCUAUUACUUCAGACUAAUAGAUAAUAUCUUUAUCUUCAGAUUGUACAUUCAGGGAUUUUUCUACUGGCUGCCUUAUGUUCCAUAUAUACAUACAGAUUGCUGACAAAGGAUAUUCUAUUAUAUGAUACUGACAGAUUGAAACUCUCAUGUCUGUGAAUUUCAACUUGCAGCUUUAGGCUGCUAAGAUUAAUAGGCUCUUCAUUUCUCUACAUGCCCAGAAUCAUCAUUUGUUAGUUUUUGCAUAUUUCAACUGUGCAAAGACAUAAACAGAUGUAAUGUAACAAAUCAUUAUUACAAAAUCGUAUCAUUUCUACUUCUGAUUGCUUAAUUGUGUUCAUGCUUUGGAGAGACAAAAAUCUAGAUUUAUGAACCUAAUUCAGCAAUGUACUGAUGUAUUUAGCUUUAAGCAAAUAGUAAUUUGAAUUACUUUGUGUGUGAUGCAUGUUGUAUUUUCUUUAGUAAUAUGUGAGCAUUCCUUGCUAACUUUUUAAUAUACUCAACUGUUCAUUCUGUUUAAAUAUACAUAUUUUUUUCCAUUUUCAUCUCAUGAAACUUUUUUUUUUUUAAUAAAAUAUCCUUGCUAAUGAUGAAUAUGCUCAUUAAUAGUGCAAGUGGUACGUGCACGUAAGAACAGAAGUCUCUAAUCCAAAGGACUUUUUUCUAAACCUACCUUAGACCAUCUUUUCUGGUCUUGCAAGUUAAGUAAGCUUGCAGUUGCAUGCUCAGCAUGAUUAUAUGCAUAAUAUUUUCUUUUCCUAGAGCUGUGGUGUUUAUCCUUCUGGGUAUUUUACUACAGUAUUUGAAAAGCAUCUAAAUUAUUUGACAUUUUAUAAAAUCUGAAAUGUGUUCAAAUGAAUGUAGUUUACUUUUUAGGAUUCUAUUUUGUUUGUGACACAACAUUUCGUAAAAUGUAAUACUAUCAUUCCAAAGUUAUUUUGUUGUCACUUUUUUUAAAUUUAUUUUAACAAGCAACCCAGAGCAUGUUACACUAUAACAAAGUCUUAUAGUCUGUUCUCAAACAGAACUUUCCAUGACUGAAAUGAUUGUCUUACAAAGAAUCGUUUGCUGGGAUGGAAAAUACACACAGAAAUUGUUUCUUUCUAAUACUUAACAGAUUAUAAUUUUUCAUUUAUAUGUCCUACAUCAAACAGAUUUUCAGAGAGAUGCUUGCAGACUGAAUUUCUGGAAUCAAAUUUACAGCUGCCUUUCAUGUCCAAUAGAUUUGGUCCAGCUGGAAUCCAGUCACUUUUUUUUUUUUUUUUUUCCAUAAGAUCUCUUUGUAAUAUUUGACUAGCCUUCAGGUUUCACCCAGGAAAUAUUUCCAAAUAAGUACAUGUAGUUAGGUUUGGGCAGUAUUUUGCUUUUUCUGAAUUAUGAAUUAGGUGCAUUAGGUACAUUUUAUGAUACAUAGUAGAUUUCUAUCUUAUUCAACUGGAAUUUGAAGUUUUUCAUAUCAAUGAUUCAUUCAAAAACCAACUGAUCAUUCCAUUUUCAAAAACAUGUACUGUAAGAAUGACAGAAACUCUUGACUGUGCUAGCUUUGUCAGCUGAAUCCCCAGUAAAGGUGAGAAAUGUAGUCUUUCUGCAUGUAAAUGCAGGUUUUGGCUUAUGCAAUAACUGUAUGCGUAUUUUGCUUGACUAGCCUGUUGGUUGAGAUUUUAAUUCAUGUAAAUAUUUGAAAACUUAAUUUGUGAUCUUCAGUCCAUUCAUUGGUAAGCAUUUUUCAGGAAAUAAUAUUUUUGAGGGGAGAGGGAGAUUACUUUAAAAAUAACUUUUGUUAGGAUCCAGUUAAGAAAGAAUAAAAGCAAAAAGCCCAGUUCCUACAAAAAGUUUGCAGGCAGCCAGAAGCUCCAUUUGAUCCUAUGAAAGCUGGAGGGAGCUUAUAGUAUUAACUGAAGAAAGUCAAACAGUUAGUUCAAUUAUUUUCUGUGGUAAUUUUUUUUUUUUUCAUUCUGCAGUGCAUAGAGGUAGAAAAGUACACAAGGACAUCUGAGCACUUCACCAGUGCAGUCUUGCGAAUAAUACGUCAGUAAGUCAGUUACAAGGAAAAGGAGUUAUUUACAUGAGAAAGUAGUUAGGCAUAAUAUUAGACAGGGACCUUUUGAUUUAGAGAGCUUUUGUCACUCAUGACCUACAAUAGUAGUACAUCUUCUGUAUUAAACUCUAGUGACAAGAAAUUUUAUAUAUAUAUAUAUAUAUAUAUAAUAUAUAUAUAUAUAUGUAUAUGUAGUGUUCACUGUAAUUUAAAUUCUUUUGCAGGUUGUCACAGACUAUGUGAACAUAAAGCUUGUUUUGCCAUUUUCCCCAUUUCUGAUUCAACUCUUCACACUUUACCUAAAUAUCAGUCUUAUCUUUUUUGCAGCUCUGUACAAUUUCCAUUAUGUUCAUAUUUGUACUUUUUUUUUUUUUUUUGAGUUAUUCAGUUGGUUAGAUCAGAUUUUUACUUUUUUUAGAAUUUUUCCAACAUAAAAUAUCUUGCUUUUAUUUUAUGUUCAGUCUUAUUUUACAUCAGAUCUGCUUUAUUUCUGAUUUCUGAGUUCAUGUAUUUGUUUUAAACUGCAGAUUAAGUAGUUACACUGCAGUUACUCUAUAUUUUAUUUUGCUCAAAUAUUCAUAAAAUAGGUAUAUAGAAUUCCUUUGAGAGGAGGUUCACCAAGUAUUUUAGUAUAAUAGUUUGCAUACAGUAAAUUGCCCUUACCUUCAUUCUGUUUUAUAUAUGAAAAAGUUUAAAUGGAUCAGAAGGUUCUUUUAUGUAACAUAAGUCUUAAUUGAAGUAUUUCUUAAAUUAUUUAUAGUUGCACUGGAUUCUGCUAACAAAAUUAUGAACUGGUACUAUUUAUUUUCUGGUCUUGUCAUGUCAAAAAGAGCCAGGUCAAUCAUAAACCCAGGGCUGUACUGCACAGUCACACAUUUCCAGAACAGCAGAUUAGCAAUACAUGGAUUUGAUAAUGUUCGUUAAAUGGUCAUGAAUGGUGUUACUGAUUAUGACCCCAAGAAGCAGAACUUCCCUUGUAACAUUCACCAUUUUGAGGGCUGCAUAUAUUUGCCUUUGAGGGCUACAAUUUUUUGAUUAUUAUUUUACUAUGCAAACAAUUUUGUUCUGUAAAUUUGAACACUCCCUUUCUGUGGGAGAACUUUGUAUUAACAAGCAGGUAUUCAGUUGUUUUUCAUUUCUUAACAAAGGUCGGUCUGGUAAUAUAAAUAUAUUUUAGAUCAAGUGUUGAAGAAAAAUUGUACAAUUCUUUUCUGUAAAGAUUAACCACUUUCAUAUCAUUGCUGUUUUCAGCAUUCUUUUCCAAGACAUAUUUUGUGUAUUUGGUUUCGAUGUCUAAAAUUACAGGCCAAGAGUGUUUGUAGUUAAGUCAAUAUUUGAGCUAUGCAACAUAGGCAUUUAGGGAAAGGCCAAGUCCUGUGCUUGUGUAACUGUUUAAUUGCUGUAAAAUUCCAUGAGUUUCAGGAAAGAUAUAUAUGAUAUAAUGAGAUAUAUAUAUAAUGAUAUAAUAAGAUAUAUUGCUUAUAUAUGACUAUGUAGGGGAAGCAAAGCCAUUUCACAGCUUCUGCUGUAAGAUGAGUGUUCCUCAACAAUCCCUUUGUAAGGAUGGCAAGAGAAUGUGUUAUGAACUGUGUUCUUCUGAUAAUCUAACUUCUUGAGUUUUGUGAUUACACGGGAUUCUCUACUUUCAGGAGUGAGGAAGGGAAUAAAUUUAUUGAUUUUGCAGAACUGCCUGAAAACAAGACCCUCUCCCCCCCUUCCUUUUUUUUUUUUCUUUAAAUAUGAGAAGCUAGUUCAGAACCAAUAAAUUUUUAUGAUCAUUAAGCUAAUGUCAUGGUCACUUGUUAAAGUCUUUUAGUUAUUGGGUUCGUAAUGCUGUAGUUUUAAAUCACGAAUUGGCCUCAAAAAAAAACUCUUCACAUAUGAAUUUACAGAAUGACAAUAGAACUGCAGAGUAGUAUGCAAGAAAUGUGUUCAUCAAGUAAGUCGAUUAAUAUCCUUAUAUUCCUUAUCAGGAAUUCCUUAUUACUUUUUGUUGUUGUUGUUUGUUUCAUUUUGUUUCAUUUUGUUUUUACGCUAUGACACUCCCCAAGUAGCAUUUUGAUUCACAAUCAGUGCAAACAGCUAUAGACUCAGAUUCAGUUUAUUAGUGCAGCUACUACAGUACUGAGACAGAUUUUUUAUCAAUGCUUUUAGAAAUGGAUGUAUGAAAAAUGCAUGAUUUUAUGAAUUACAGAAAAGAUUGUCACUGAGAAUGGAAAACCACCAACUAAUAAAGAGUAUAGGGAAACUUCAUCUGUAGGAUUUUAUUUAUUUAUUUAUUUUUGUAUGGGAGAGGUUGCUAUUUUAUUUUUUAACACACCAAAGUAUUGAAAUGUACUAAAAUGGGCUUGGUAUGACUCACGCAUUUGUAUCUGUCUUUCUCCCAUUUCAAGUUUCCUUGCUACAGCACUAAUAUUUCUGGCAUUUAAUGUGCUGGGACUCUCCUAUUCUGUGAUCCCAUGUGCCUAAUGCUGUCAAGGCAGACUUAGAUAUGACCAGUUGCAUCUGGUAGUUGAGGUCCCAGUGUGAGUUUUGCAGAAGUGGGUAGUUUAUGCUUGGCAGAUGCUUAGCUCACAAGGCAGAUAAUCAUGAAUCUCAGAACUGAACUGUGCUGCCAUAAUUUUUCUCCUAACACAUACAGUAGAGUAGGGUAGAAAACAACAUUAACAUACAAUUGACUGUUACCUCACAGACAGACAUACUGGAUAAUAUCUGCCUUAAUUUUUCUGUGUCCUGAGACAGCUUUUGAGAGGUCUGAGAAAGGAAUACAUUUAAGUGUGGUUUACCAUGAAAUCGGAUAAAAGUAAACUAGGAGUUGAAGUGGAGCCAACCAUUAAAAACAAAAUAAAACAAAACAAAACAAAACAAAACAAAACCAAAAAAAAUAUUUAUAAAAGCCAGCAGAGCAAAGAUGUACACACAGAUAUAAAGUAGAAUAUUUUGUCCCUUGUUGUGGGUGUGACAAACUCUUAGGCCAUCCUCAUCUAUAUCAUAUGACAACCCCAGAUUUGUUUCUGGUUGAAAAUAAAAAUUAGAAACACCUGUUAUGCAGUGAUAGUAAUCAUCCAUUUCCAAAGAGAAGGAAACUCAUCAUCUCUAGGACUCCAUAAAUUGAGACAGGAUGUUUUUAUGCUUUUGAAAAGUACAAAUUAUUGAGCUUGACAGCAUUCACUUACAUAGGAGGGGAAAAUGAUGUGUUCCACUAAAAGUAUUAUUGGUGUUUUUUUAUGGCCUGUGUUAGGCAAAGACCAAACCAGAUUAUCUUAAAUUAGGCCCUUAAAAUUUACAGCUUCUCAGAAAAAAAAAAAAAAAAAUGUAUAUAUAUAAAUCAAAAAAAAAAAAAAUGAUGAAGAGAAAGAGGAGGCCUGAAAAAAAAUGGCCUAAAAUAUUUACCUUGUAAUAAAAGUACCACUGUUUCCAGAACUGGCAAAUCUACUUGUUCUGGAAUUUUCAUGUCCCUGGACUUUGUAUAUAUUUCAGCCUAACUGAAAACUUCUUAUACACACACACAGGAAACUUGAAAAAGAGCCACCCCCACCACAUCUGAAAACAAACAAACAAACAAACAAAAAAACCUACAUCAAAACAAAACAGAAAACAACCCACAAGCUGGGAGUUCUUUACUGCUCUCCUGUCUGGCAGUUAAAAGAAGUAUUGCCUACACUCCUACACAAUGUACAUCUCUGAUGUCAAGACAUGUAGAGAUUCAACUGUCAGCACAAUGACAGUCAAAGAAAUAGUCUCUUACAAGUGAGAAACUAGGCUCAUAAUGACUGAGUCAUUCAAAGUUGUGAAACUUCUGUCAGAGCCAGGAAAUAAACAAAAUUAGGUUUGUAUCUAUCUAGAUAGUAAUGUUACAGCUUUCCUUCCUAUCUAGAUUCUCCCAUUCUGGAACACUUUACCUUCGUAAGAGAAGCAGGAAGGUUCUGAGGAGCUAGUCUAAAUCUGCACACAGUAAAUCAUUUCUACUUCCUCCUGCUGAAAUUGUAAUACUACCACAGGGCUAAAACAGUCAAAAUGCUGUGUGUGUGACACCUGAGGAAAGGUGAGAAGAAGAUGGGGAAAAUGGAUGAAUGCAAAGGGAAGUUAAAUCACCAUAUUAAACAAAACAAAACAAAACAAAAAAAGAUGAAGUUUCAACUUUUUUCUUUAUUAGUGCAAAAGAAUGGAAAUACCAUAGCCCAAAGGUAUUACUUCUGUCUUUAGUGUUUAGCUAAAUGCCACAUCCCUUUUAGGGAUGCAUUAUAAAUUUCCAAAUUGCUUCAAAUUUAAUUGUUAAUUUUCUAUCCACUUUCUGUAUAGGUUUGGGACAGUUUUGCUUCAUGCGGCAAUAUGAAGUAAAAUUCUAACAAAUCAGUUCUGGUCUUAUUUUAUUAGGGUUAUAAUCUGAGCUGGUUUUUGCUGUUUAAACUUUGUCAUGUAGAUGCACUCAAUUCUCUUUAACUUACUGCUAUAAAACUAUACCUUCAAAAA